AUCGACGACUAUACCCGCGAGCUGCUCUACCAUAUCACCGCCCUCACAAGCUGUACCAAUCUUCUGUACAAACACAACCUCGCCCUCAUCUCACUCUCAAACUUCCCAAACAACUACAAACUCGUGCGUCUUCUCGGUUUUCCACCGAGUCGCCGACAGCCAGCUGACACGCAACCCCAGACACACACACUCUUGACACCCGCAAUCAUGAUCUCAGACGACCAACUCUACCAACUCGCCAUCUUUCUCGGCAGCGUCAGCAUGCUCCUCAUCGUCCUCUACCAUUUCCUCGAAGUCAAUGCCGAGAAUGACGACAAGGCCACUCCCCUGUCUGCAGAGCGCAAGGCUGAUACCGUGCCUGGUGCUAAGCCUGUGAGAUCAUAGAGCUGUCUGUCCGUUAUACCUGUGUGUGUCGCAUGGGGCUGGAGUUGCAGGGCAUGCGAAGAGAGAUAGAGAGAGGAGAGACAAAGGAUACAGAGGAUCCAGUCGUUGAUUUGACAUGGCUUGGAGUUCUGAGGAGUUACAAGAGUCGGUCGCUGUUAUCAGCACUUUGUAUGCGAUCGGCUGUUUUCAUUGCACAGGGAACAGGGGAUACCAAAAUGUUUGUCAAAAAUGCCAUGUAUGCUUUAUUGGGUAUCGUUAUAUGCACAAGAAGAAGGAGCGACUGUUGUUCAAAUGUCGUUCGUCGCCUAUUGAUGAGCUAUCCAUCUGUGCUCAUCUGUCUACACGCCAGGAGCCCAUCCGAAAGUCGGAGAAUCAGGUGGAUAACCUGGUCCUUCGUUCGGGUCCACGACCUCGUAAAAGUCUUCGUCGUGAAGAAAGUUGCGCCUGCGCUCUGCAGUCAUCAACGUGCUUCCAGCUCUCAUCAUAGCCGGCCCAACGAUCCUGUACUUCUCCUCCAUUUGCUGCAACAACUUCUCGUCGUUCAGCUUCGUUCCUGUAAGAUUGCUAAGUCUUAUUGCGUCCGCUUCUCUUGCUUGCUGGUGCCUCCAUUCCUUGGUGUCCUUCUUAGGUGGCACCAUCGAAAUGAUGGGUGUCACCAGUCUUCCCCGAGAGUCGGAAAGAUAAGCAUCUGAUAUUUCUGAAUUAUGGUCUGAAUAAGCCAUUGGUUAGC